AUGGCGCCGCCCAGCAGCCUCGGCAAGCGCGUGAAGGGUACGCAAAUCAAGCGCCCCUUCAUUUACGGCACCACCGCCCGCCCCUUCGAUCCCGAGACCAACCCCAAGCCAGAGGGCGUCCCUGAAGACCACACCCACUCGUGGGAGGUCUUUGUCAAGGCCGUCGAUGACACUGAUAUCACAUACUGGUUGCGGAGAGUCCAGUUCAAGCUACACGAGUCUAUCCCGAACCACGUGCGCAUGAUCGAUGGCGAGCCUGGGAAACCCUUCUUAAUUCAAGAAACCGGAUGGGGAGAGUUCGAGAUUACCAUUAAGAUGUACUACGCCUCCGAAUCCGGUGAAAAGCCCCAGACUCUAUACCACAAUCUUCGCCUUCACCCCUACGGUAGGACCGAUGCGGAGAAGGAGCAGAUGCUGCGGCAGAACGACGGCGAGAUUCGCGCAUGGGCCUUUGACGAACAGUUAUUCAACGAACCGUACGAAGCCUUCUACGAAGUCCUCACAUCUGGCGCUCAACCCAAGGGCCACCCGGCCGGCAAAGGAGGCAAGGGCAAAAACAAACCGAUCCCGCCUUUGCCCGAGAAGACGUCAAACGUGCAGGUGGCAUGGGAAAGAAGCGCGCUAUUGCCUGCAGUGAACAAGCCGGGCCAGCCGUUCAGUCUGGAGACGGAGCAAAUCGAGGUCAAGAAGCUCAGGGAGGCCGAAGCCAAGGUCAAAGAGAUGGCCAAGCAACAACUCGAGACCCUCAAGGAGAAGGAGGCCCAGUUGGCCGCCCUGAAAGCAGAGAACGCCGCCGCCGCCGCUGCUGCGACAGCCGGUUAG